AUGAAUCCGUCCGUCAAAGGCUUAGAAAUAGCUAAAGAGUAUGUCAACUUUCAAAGAAAAGAAAUGAAUGAUGGAAAUUUGGAUAUUUUUGUUUUAUUCGGUAAUCUACUUUAUGAUAUGGGAGAAUAUGUUAAAUGCCGUUAUUAUUUUGAAAAUUUAUUAUGUGUUCAACGUGAUAAAGAUUCUUCUGCUACUAUUGAUAUUUAUCGACGAUUAGGACGAGCCUUUCUUGGACUAAGUGAAUUUGAAUUAUCACAGAAGUAUUUACAACACGCCUAUGAUUUAUGCAUAAAAAAUGAAUCAACUUCUUCUAGCAAACUUGGCAGAAUAUUGAGCUAUAUAGGUCAGACGUAUGAUUUUCAAGGAAAGUUUAAUACUGCUUUAGAGUAUUAUUUCAAAGGAUUGCAAAUAAUUGAAAGAAAUCUUAAGAACAAGCGACUCAUCGCUAAUACACUAACUAGAAUGGGUGUAGUAUAUUACAGCAAAGGACAAGAUGAUUUAGCUUUAAAAUAUUUAAAAAAAUCAAAGAAAUACAUUGAAAAUUCGGUACCGGAAGACCAUCCAGACAUGACUGAAUUUUAUAAUAAUAUGUACAUGGUUCAAUAUUACAAAGGAUGUUAUGAUCAAGCAUUAUGCUACCAAAGAAAGUCGUAUGAAAGUGAUAAAAGAAUUUUUCCUGUUGAUAAUCAUAUCGAUCUUAGCGUGGACACCAAUAAUAUCGGUAAAUGUUAUUAUAAAAAAUGCCAAUACAUGCAACCUAUAGAAUAUUUUAAACAAAGUUUAGAUAUAGCCAGAAAAGUCUUGAAGGGUGAUAAUAAUUAUAUAGACAUGGGUAUGAGAAUAAAUAAUAUUGGAAAAUGUUUUUAUCGACAAAAAAAUGAUUUUGAAGCCUUGCAAAAUUAUGAAAUCGCAUAUACACUAAAAAAUAUUGGUGAAGUUCAUUUGGAUUUAUUAAAUUGUGAUUUGUCAUUAAACUAUUUCACUCAAGCACUUGAUUUGUAUAAGAAGACAUUUAAUGAUUUAGAACAUCGUGAUGUGGCAAAGUGUUUACAUCUAAUUGGUCAAGUUUACUAUUAUAAAAAUAAUGAUGAUGAUGAUAAUGAUAUAUGUCAAGAUUGUUAUGAUAAAGCAUUAACUAUAUGGGAAAAUGUUUUACCUUGCUACCAUCCAGAUUUGGCGUUGUGUUAUAAAAAUAUGGCUCUAUUUUAUUUACACAGAAAAUCAGAUUACAUUGAAGCAGAAAAAUAUUUUUCAAUAUCAUAUCAUAUAUAUGAGCAAGCAUUAACCAAAGAUCAUCCUCAUUCAAUUGAAAUGUAUAAUAUAAGACAAAUGAUUUCAAAAUCUAAACGACAGGCAACGCUGUUUAUGAUCAUUGAUACUGUGGAAUUGAUUUUAUUUUUGUUUUUAUUUUCGGUCGUCUUCUGGUUUUAG